CGACCGAGACGCCCUGGGACCCAAGCCAGAACUCCGCUGAACGAGAGGAUAACCACAACUGGCGGGUCUGCAGCAACAGUAACUCUUGGGCGCAGACAACAACCAGAAUCAAUUCGGAACGCAUCUGGGCCACAGGAAGACUCAUGGAGGGACAGCAACAACAAGCUUUCCAUGGACACA